AUGGCUUCCCAAUCGUCGCUUAAAGUCAUUCUUGGGACUCACAUGAUUGGAGACACUAGUAAAGACCCCGGAACCGUUCGCUUUGAUAAGGAUGAAGAUAUCCAAGCUCUUUUGGACGCAUUCCAUAGCCGUGGAUAUACUCAUCUCGAUACUGCCCGUGACUAUUCUCCGGGAGAUCAAGGUGCUUCAGAAUCACGCCUUGGUCGGGUCAAUGCAGUAUCCAGAUUUAAUGUGCACACAAAAGUGCACAGCGCUAAUCCUGGAGAUCACGAGCCUGCAAAGCUUGAGUUCAGUAUUAGCCAGUCGCUUCAUGACCUUCAGGCACCUAGUGUAGAGACCAUGUUCCUGCAUUUUCCAGAUCGUCAGACUCCCUUUGAAGAUACAGCAAAGGCAAUGAACAAUGCCAUUCAGCAAGGAAAGUUCAGGAACUUUGGAUUGUCUAACUAUUCGGCUACCGAAGUGGAAAGGUUCCUUACAAUCUGCGAGGAGCGUGGCUACGCAAAACCCAGCGUGUAUGAGGGGCAUUACAACGCCAUUGCAAGAGGAUGCGAGAAGGAGCUAUUUCCGCUCUUGCGCAAACAUAGCAUGUCGUUCUAUUGUUAUAGUCCUGCGGCCGGCGGUCUAUUCUCGGAACACUCGGAAACCUCAGGGCGCUGGCAGGAAGAUAACUUUAUCGGGAGGCCUUACAAUAUCAUGUAUAGGAAACCCCCAGUACACGCCGCAGUAGCUACCAUCCUUGAGCUCGCAAAGGAACACGGCAUGAAUGGGCAUGCAUCUGCAAUACGAUGGACUGCUUUUCAUAGCAACUUGGAUGGAACGUAUGGCGACGGCAUUAUUUUCGGAGUUUCAAGCGUUGGGCAGCUUAACAAAACUCUCGACGCACUCGAGGCGGGCCCUCUUCCUCCUGAGCUCGCAGAAGCCAUCACCGAAGUCUAUGAGAUAGUCGAGGGCGCUGAACCUCUCUAUUAUCUAUAG